AUGACCGAUGGCGUUGCAGUUGUUGAUCUCCCUGAGGAGAUUACGAAGGAUCCACAUCCUCUUUGGGCGUCCUACCUAGUUGGACACUUUAUCUCAAAUGCUCCGCAUAUUGUGAAGGUUCACGCGACUGUAAAUCGGCUUUGGACUUCCAAAGAAAAACCUGCAAAGUUUGAUGCGCAGUUCAUAAACCCAAAAACAGUCCUCUUCCGUGUAGAGGAUAAACAGAUGCGUAUCAGAGUUUUGAAGCGCCACUUCUGGCACAUUGUCGACGUCCCCCUUGUUGUUCAGGAAUGGACACCAGACACAGAAGCAUCAAAUCCAAACCUCUCAGCGAUACCUUUAUGGGUUGACCUCAAAGGCGUUCCGGGACACUUGUUUUCUCAGGAUGGUCUCACAUUCUUUGGAGAUACCAUAGGGAAAACAGUCAAACUCCACCCGAAUACAGUGAGAUGCACUCGACUUGAUGUUGCUCGUCUUCUUGUUGUACUCAAUCUCGAGAAGCCCCUGCCAGACAAAAUCAACAUAAGAGGUACUGACACAAUGAUAUCUGUCAACUACCCUUGGCUACCACAACGUUUCUCGGGCUGUCAAAAAUGGGGCCACCUUAUGAAGGAAUGCAGACAGAUUACCCUGGGUACCCAGGAACAGAGAUCACAAUUGAAAGGAAAGCUCGCUGAAGGCCGGAAUGAUAAAGACAUAAACCUGCCGAUGACUGCAACUGACGCUAGCGGUAGUGUCACGCCAUCUCAUGAUCCAGACGAGGAGCACAUCAUAGAGCAGAAUGAGACGGUGAGGGAUCCAAGUGUAAAAGAAGCAAACGAGAAGGGUGGCAUCGUGUUGGUUCGCAAAAAGCCUCUCCAAAGUGUGUCUCGCAGCAGGGUUGAGAAAGAUGAGGUUGAGGAAGGUGAGGUUGAGGCCAGUAGCACCGAAGAAGAGGAACCAUACUCUUUGGAAACAGACAUACCUAAGGAAGACCCAAAGGUUGAAUCUAAACAACAGAAGGGUACGACGGUUAAUAAGGAUAGAAACAGAGGCAGGGUAGAACGACAAGAAGAGCACCAAGCAAACAAAAAGAAAACAAAAAUGCCUCCUCACGGAGGCACUAAUGGGAUGAUAUCUCUAUUUGCGUGGAAUACCCGGGGCUUCAACAAAAAGCGCAAACAUUUAUAUGUUCGUUCUUGGUUACAAUCUGCUAAACCGUCCUUUGGAUGCUUAAUUGAGACUCGUGUUCAAGAAGGCAAUUCAGAGGCGGUUGUUUCAACAUCUCUUCCAGGAUGGAAGUUUCUCAAUAAAUAUGAUCAUCACCGGCUUGGUAAAAUCUUGGCUGAGCGACAAUGUCUCUGGUCUGAUAUGAUUCAAAAUAGAGUUCAGUUUGCCUUCUCUGGGGUCCCUUGGAUUGUUAUGGGUGACUUUAAUGAAAUAUUGUCCUCCACUGAGCACUCUACAGGCACUACAACUCGAGGUCAGAAUUGUAUGAUAGCUUUUCAAGACACAGUCUCCGAGUGUAGCCUUACUGAUUUAGCUUCUCUUGGCUCGACGUUCACUUGGAUGAAUAACCAAGCUGCGAAUCCAAUAGCCAAGAAACUUGAUCGAGUUCUGGUCAAUGACGCAUGGAUGCACCAGUUCUCUCAGUCCUACGCCAAAUUUGAGGCUUCCGGAAUUUCUGAUCAUGCUCAUAGCAGAGUGUUCCUUGAGGCUGAGCCGCUGGGAAGGAAAUUCCCAUUCAAGCUUUUCAAUUUUCUUGCAGAUCAUCCAGACUUCAUCGCCUCAGUAUCUGACACUUGGAACCAAACUGAACCCAUUUAUCACUCGCGUACGGCUCUGUAUAUUUUCAGCAAAAUGCUAAAGCUCCUGAAACCAGUGCUUCGUCAUCUCAACAAAACAAAAUUUGGUUAUAUCCCAAGGAAAACCAAAGAAGCUUUUCAGAACUUGAGUGACAAGCAAGCGCAGGCCUUAUCUGAUCCCAACUCUAUUUCGUUUGAUGAGGUCUCAGCAGCCACAGAAAAUUGGAACCAUUGGGCAGUAAUAGAGGAACGAUGCUAUCUCCAAAAGCCUCGCAUCACGUGGCUCAAAUUUGGUGACCAGAACACCACUUUCUUCCACAAAAUUGUUCAGAGCCGAACCACGUUCAACGCAAUCCGGCAUCUGGUGUUAGUUACUGGUGAUAUCAUUACAUACCCGCAGGCAAUCAAAGUCGCAGCAGCUGAUCACUUCGCUAAGUUUCUUAAUUCGAAUGGAUGUGCGCUAUCUCCGUACCUCUUUGUUAUUGCCAUUAAUGUGCUCUCUCUUGCGCUUAACAAAGCCGCUGCUUCAGGUGACAUUGGCCACCAUCCUACUUGCUCUCAGAUAAAUCUUACUCACCUCAGCUUUGCGGACGAUGUCAUGGUCUUCACCGAUGGUGAGCCUCGCUCCUUGCAAAGUAUUUUCUCAGUUCUACACGAUUUUCACCGCUGGUCGGGUCUUGCCAUAAGCCCCUCCAAAUCGGCCAUUUACAUGGGAGGAAAGGUUCGCCAAGGGUUUAUUGAUGAGGUGAAUCGUCUCAAUCUCCCCAUUGAUACUCUUCCGAUACGUUAUUUGGGCCUUCCACUUACGACCAAAUCCAUGACUCGAGAUGAUUACGAGCCUCUUAUCGAUAAAAUCAGAUCUAAAUUCUUAUCCUGGUCAAAUAGAGCCCUAUCGUUACUGAAGCGUUGUCUUGAAAUGAUAGAAAGCAUGUGUAGUGCUUUUCUCUGGUCUGGCUCGCCAAACUCAAGUAGGAAAGCAAAAGUGGCUUGGGAUGAAGUAUGUCUUCCAAAGCAAGAGGCGGGUUUGGGCAUUCGACGUCUGGUUGAUUCAUCAAAGGUAUUUGUCUUGAGCCUCAUUUGGCGCCUCCUAACAAACUCAUGCUCCCUUUGGGUUGCGUGGACUCGCAGAAACCUUCUGCACAACCGAUGUUUCUGGGAUGUCACAGACACUCCAGCAGGCUCUUGGAUAUGGCGUAAACUGCUCAAGCUCCGCCACCAAGCAGCUACUCUCCUAAAGUCUAAAAUAGGUAACGGGAAGGGCACUCUUUUCUGGUUUGAUAACUGGCUGAAUAUGGGAAAAUUGAUAGAUAUUGCAGGUGACUCGGGUACCAUGAUUCUUGGUAUUAGCAGAUAUGCCACAGUCUCCGACGCAGCCUCGUCUGGGCAAUGGAACAUAGGGAGAUGUCGUAGCUGUCACCUACGGGGGAUGAUAGCUGCCAUCAACUCUGUUCAACCCCCGGUAGAGGAUGCAGGAGGUGACCGUGUGCUAUGGAAACAUGGAGAUGACAGUUACAAAUCUUGGUUCUCAUCAUCCAAGGCAUGGGACCAACUUCGAGAUCACGGGAAUGUUGUGGACUGGAGUAGAAUAAUAUGGUACUCGGAAGCAAUACCACGGUUCUCUUUUAUAGCGUGGAUGGUCGUGCGUAAUAGGCUUUCGACAGGAGAUCGAUCUCGAGCGUGGGGAGAGGUUCAAUUUUGCAGGCUCUGUGGCGAGCCAGACGAAACACGAGACCACCUAUUCUUUGCAUGCCCAUACUCCUAUACUGUUUGGACAGAAUUGACAGGUUCUCUUCUGCCUCGGCCAAAUCCUGACUGA